AUGGUAGAUAUCGGCUUUAAACGCGAAUUAGAUGUUAAACGCGAACGCGUUGAAGAUAUAUUUGAUUUUGAAGGCUGCAAAGUCGGUCGUGGCACCUAUGGAAGUGUAUUCAAGGCAAAACGAAAGGAUAAUUCAGACGACAGAGAGUACGCUCUUAAACAGAUUGAAGGCACUGGUCUCUCCAUGUCUUCCUGUCGCGAAAUUGGACUUCUGAGAGAGUUAAAACAUCGAAACGUCAUGACACUGCAUCGAAUAUUUCUCAACCACACGAGUCGAAAGAUAUGGCUUCUAUUUGACUAUGCUGAAUACGAUCUCUGGCACAUUAUCAAAUUUCAUCGAACGGCGAAAGGCAAUAAAACCUAUUUUAAUGUUUCCCAGAAUAUGGUUAAGAGUCUUAUGUAUCAGAUCUUAAAUGGAAUUCAUUACAUCCAUUCAUGCUGGGUUCUUCAUCGUGAUCUGAAACCGGCAAAUAUUGUAGUCAUGGGCGAGGGACCCGAACGCGGCUGUGUUAAGAUUGGCGAUUUGGGAUUUUCUAGAAUCUUCUACUCUCCUCUCAAGCCUCUCGCAGAUUUAGAUCCGGUUGUUGUUACUUUUUGGUAUCGGGCCCCGGAGUUGUUACUAGGCGCUCGACAUUACAACAAAGCGAUCGAUAUUUGGGCUAUUGGAUGCAUAUUUGCUGAACUCUUAACCUUUGAACCAAUUUUCCAUUGUCGUCAAGAGGAUAUCAAGACCAGCACACCGUAUCAUAAGGAACAGCUGGAAAGGAUCUUUCGGGUUAUGGGUUAUCCGUCUGAUGAGACAUGGCUUGAGAUGCGAACCAUGCCAGACUUCCCCCAACUCAGUCGUGAUUCAAUCACCCGGAAGACCUACGGAAAGUAUUAUCUCGAGGGCUAUCUGAUGGAGAAGAAAGUUAAUAUGAAUCCGAAUGAAGUUUCUCUCCUCAAAUCGUUGCUCACUAUGGAUCCGACCAAAAGACCUUCUGCAGAAGAAGCAUUGGAACACGAUUACUUCAAAACGGGGGAUAAACCUAAUGACGACGUGUUUGGUGGAUUGCCGAUACCCUAUCCUAAACGCGAGUUCAUUACCGAUGACGAUCAGGACGACAACAAACAGCAACAAGGUAUGGCAAAAGCCGGUGUCGUGGCUCAGCAACAACCACCUCAACAGGUUUCCCAACAGCAGGCCAAGGUACCCCAACAGCAAGGUCCUCCACCGCCAAAUCAGCAACACACAGUUCCACACUAUCCUGCCCAAGUUCAAUCAACCAUGUAUUACGCUCCCCAGCCUGGUCUUGGCCAACCCACGGUAAGACAAGUUGAUGAACCUGUUCCAUUUUUUCUGAUUCGAUCAUAG